GGUUUGCAUGGUGUACAUUUUACUCUAGUAUUGAUUUAUUGCAUUUUGGUUCAGAAUGGUAUACUGAGUACUUCCACUUAUCUAAAAAAAUGCAGAAGAAACAACACAGGCACAACAAAUGCUAGCCACAAUGUCACAUGAGAUCAGAUCUCCCCUUUCAGGAGUCCUUAGCAUUGCCAAAAUUCUCGCAACUACCAAACUGGAUCAAGAACAACAUCAGUUGCUUGAGGCUAUGUUAUCCUCUGGAAAUGCUGUGUUACAGUCGAUCAAUGACAUCCUUGGUCUCUCCAAAGUAGAGUCAGGAAUUAUGAAACUACAGCCUGCAAUAUUUAGACCAAGGGAAGUAGUUAAACAUGUACUCCAAAAUGCAUCGUCAUUUAUGAAGAAGGAAUUGACCCUUGAAGGGUGCAUAGGUGAUGAUGUUCCAUCAGAGGUCAUAGCUGAUGCGCAAAAGAUUCAGGAAAUUCUGACAAACUUGAUCAGUUUCAGCAAUGCAGUGAAGUUUACACAUGAAGGGAAGGUUGGGAUAAACCUUAAUAUUGUAGAUAAGCAGCAACUGGAAUGCAAAAUAGAACAUACAAGACCUCAUUCUGCAAGCCCAGUUAACACUGCAACAGAAUAUUAUGCUGCCUGGCCAAGCCAUAGUGAUAAAGAUGCCUCGCGUUGCUCAAACCGUGAAGAUGCUCAUCAGAAUGGCAUUCCAUCAAAUGAAAUGGGGACGGAGGAAACUGUUUGGCUCCGCUUCGAUGUUUAUGACACUGGAAUGGGGAUACCAGAGAAGUCAUUACAGUUUCCGUUCAAGAGGUAUAUGGAUGCCAAUGGUGACCAUACAACAAAAUAUGGCGGGACAGGGCUCGGCCUUGCUGUCUGCAAGCAGUUGGUGGACUUGAUGGGCGGUACUCUCACUGUGCUUAGUAAGGAGAAUGAAGGGUCAACAUUUUCAGUCAUGCUGCCUUGCACAAUUCCUGCAAGAGAAGCCCAGUGAUGCUCCUGACAAUGGGCAAAACUCCUGUACCAGAACUUUCAGGAGAACUACAUUCAGUCUAACUGCUUCUGAAAACGGGCAAAGAUGUUUCAGGGCUGAGGCAUGGUUAGUAUAGGCUAAAGAAUGUGGUUUACAGUUUCCUUCUUUCGUUAGAUCAGCCAGGGUGUU